AUGAACAGACUAUUUGGUCGCCGUGAAGAGCCCAGACGUAGCUCAGAUGAUGACUACAACAAAAUGCAAUACUUCACUCCUCGCGGUAAUAUACCAGCAAAAGUGGUCGAGCAACAAGUCCGAGAGCGCGUCAUUGACCCCAACGACAAAACCAAAUACAAAUACCCUCAUCAAUACAAGAACGAUGAAAAGGACGCCAAUGGCAAUCCACGCCAAAACUUCGAACCUUUCGAGCGCAGGAACCGCCCCGCCGACGAAGUACCUUUCUUCGAAAUUCCCAUCAACAGCCGAAUCAAUCUGGAUAAAAAACCUGCGCCGCUUAAGAGUGUUCAGAAGCUAGAGAAAGAGCCACCUCAUCACAACGACAGGGCUCGAGUGCAGCUCAACGAGCUCAAUGACUCGGGCCCCCUUCGAGGUGUUGUUGCAGUGGAGAAACAAACUGGUCACAACUGCGGGGUUGCGGGAGUUAUCUAUCAUCCCGAGGGUAGCACACACGACCUUGACCGUGCGCGCAUGGGACCUCUGAACCGUGAAGGUCGUCAGUUUUUGAAACGAUUUGCGGAUGACGAUGGUGAUCACCGUGUGACUACGUGGCCCCCUCGUGAUGAGGAUGGAGAUGAUCUCGCAUUGUAUGAAGGACGGUAUGAGAAGGUCAGGGCCUCGAAGCCAAAACCGAUGCCCAAGUCUCCAAACAACAAGUUUUUCAAGAAAUAG